AAUUUGUAUCGACCGACGGAAAACCUAAUCCAGACCUUAUUAUUUAGCACUAUUUAACAGUCGUCUUCUUCCACCGUCCCACAUCAAAGCAGUUGCCAUCGUUUGGGUUUUGGUUCUUUCGUCAAGCUCUGCAAAGGUUGGCUGUUUCUUAUGGAGGACGGAGAGAACAUUCUAGAUGCCAUAUAUGAUGAUGAUAACUUAGAUGAUGUGGACGAUGUUGACAUGAUUGAUGUUGAAGAAGGAGAGUUGGUGGAGCCUGAUUCGCAAAAUGUCUUGGAACAAAGCGGUGCUGGAGAUAAAAAUGAAGCACAUCAAGAAUCUCAUAGUAAGAACAGCAGACGUAGAGCUAACAAGAAGAAGAAUAAGAGAAAGAGGAAGGGUUCGGGAUCUAAUGGCAUGGACAUAAACAGAUUUGUGGUAGAUACGUGUCGACGUCUGAAAGAGAAAAAGUCAUACAUGGUAUACACCGCCGUAGGUUGCCUUGGGGUCUCUGCAUUACGCGAUCUCAUCAAAGAGGUGGAUGCGAUACAGGCUUGUGGAGGCCAGAAAACUGCUGAUGGUAGACGAUUCCGAACUGGGGGUGGCAUAUUGUGGAACAUCAUAAAAGUUCGGGAACCAAAGGCCUACAAAGAGAUAAUGAAAAAAGCAAAGGAGUUUGAGAAACAAUUCAGGCAGCCAAAUAUUAAGCAACUACCUGGGCUAAAGAAAGAGGAUUCUUCUCAAGGAGUGGCCUUUUCAUUUGCUGGCAGGGAUCAGGGCAAUGUUUCGGAUAGUGCUUCUCUUCCAUCCCAAAUGCAAAAUCAACAUGAACCAGCAACUUCUGAACAAAAACCUAUUUCUGUUCAUGAUAGGUUAAGGAUACCUGUUUCAUAUGAUGAUGAUCUGCUCGGAGAGAAUCCAGUUAGUGAUGCAACCUGACUCUGGAAGUAAAGUGAUCUUCAUUUCUCACUCUUGGAUGGAUAUCCACCGAUGCAUCUCUCUUAUUCCCCGUUGGGACUAGGGCUAUACUACUCUCCCUCCCCCGUACUUUCUUUUCUUUUCACGUUGGUUAAACAAGUUCACAGAUGGAGCAGUAUUUCCAUUUUUUCCCCCCGAAGGAAAUUGUCAUUUGUGUUGAAAAGACAAGUCUUUAUUUAUUUUGCCAUACGGCUUUCUGAUAUACUUAUUGGAUGAGGGCUAAAAAAAAGAAUUACAAAAAAAUAAGAAAAAAGUUAAUACUGUUGGAGGUAUUGUGAUUCCAAUUGUC